GGUCACAUUUACCAGGAAGGAAUCAUUUUUAACCAACAACUGAGGAGAAUAGAAAUGAAUUUCUAGUUAAAGGUCAAACUUCUGGAUCUGAGAAAUAAUGUGACAUAAAAAACCUGUGGCCAAAAUAGUUGUAAUCAGUCAGCAACAGGUGUAAGAGGCUAAUAAGAUCAAUAUUUAGUACCAAUUGUUUUACCUGAUAGUUUUAUCAUCAAGGCUGGAUAAAUGCUUCUGUGACAUAUAUGUCCAUAAUCAAAGUGAUGCUAUUGGAGCUUAAUUAUCUUCUGAUUUAAAUUGUGAAAGUAAUGGAAUAUUUGUGAGCUACAAGAGUUGAUUAAGAUUCAGUUUAAAAUACUGUAGUGGUUAGGAAACCAUUUGCUUUAGGACAUCUCUGAUGGAUUUUUAAGUUAAUGUGAUCAUUGUUUUAUGUGAUUAUUCACUGAAAGUAGAUAGAGCAAAAAUAAGUACCAGUACUUGAUGAUGAGGAGAACCAGCUCUUAUUCUGUUGCUGACAAAAAGAACGAAAGUGGAAAUGAUGUUACUUCUGAUGCAACCCUGAAAAGAUUUAGACAGUUGCGUUUCUCAGGAAAGCAAAGGGCAGAUCACUGUGAUCAGGGGCAAAGGGGAGAGCACUCUGAGGAUGAGGUAAAUGAACAUGAGCAUAAAGACAGACCUGCAGAGCUGGUGACUGAUCUCUCAUUAAGGAAGAGCACACGACAAGAGAAAGCAGGUGUGCAGCAGAGGAAACCCUUGUUCUCUCGGCGCUUUUCCGAGCCAGGAAAGGUCAUAAUGUCAACUGGUCAACGGUUCCAUCGCAGCCAAAGCCAGGUGGACCAGACAAUGCUAAAUAAACAGAUAUUACAGGAAAGAGGUUGUUAAUUACACACAGAGUUGUGUAGUUACUAAAGCAUUGAAAGGGUUCUAAUU